AUGGAGCCCUCGGAGCUGGGGCAGGAAGGGACCGUCCACACGCCACCGCUGCCGCCGCCCCACGAGCCCAUCCGCUUUGGCAUCGAUCAGAUUCUGGGCUGCCCGCAGCAGCAAGGCAGUUGCGCGGCUGCCGUCGGGGCGCCGGGGGAAACGGAACUGGCGCUUUACAGUAGCGGCUAUGGAGCUUCGGACUACACCCCCGCCUGCACUCUCGGAGCCUACGGCCUUCCCGGGGGCCUCUCUGCGGGCAAUGGCGGAGUGAUCCGAGUGCCCGCGCACAGGCCCGUCCCCUCGGCGCCGGUCCAUCCCCAGCCCGGGGGAGCGAGCCUCACCUUCCCCUGGAUGGAGAACAACCGGCGGCUAGCGAAGGAACGGAUCACAGCCGCGCUGCCGCCCUUCUCCGUGGCCCGGCGCGUCGGACACCCCUACCAGAACCGCACGCCGCCCAAGCGCAAGAAGCCGCGCACGUCCUUCUCGCGGGCGCAGAUCUGCGAGCUGGAGAAGCGCUUCCACCGGCAGAAGUACCUGGCCUCGGCGGAGCGAGCAGCCCUGGCCAAAGCCCUCAAGAUGACGGACGCCCAAGUCAAGACCUGGUUCCAGAAUCGCCGCACUAAAUGGAGGCGGCAAACGGCGGAGGAGCGCGAGGCGGAGCGCCAGCAAGCCAACCGAUUGAUGCUGCACCUCCAGCAAGAGGCCUUCCAGAAGAGCCUGGGGCAGCCGCUGCAGCAGCACGACCCGCUCUGCCUGCACAACUCCUCGCUCUUCGCCUUGCAGAACUUGCAGCCCUGGGCCGAAGACCACAAGGUCACGUCGGUCUCGGGGGCGGCGUCCCUGGUGUGA